AUGGAAGCAGACGAAGAACUGGGUCUCAAAAACCAGACAUACUUCACCUUGCAGGGGUUCUCGCACCUUGCCACUCUUCAGGUCUUCCUGUUUGAGGGAAUCCUCCUGAUGUUCAUAAUCACAAUGACAGGGAACUUUCUCAUCAUUUUAGUUGCAAGCACUGACCCUGCCUUGCAUACCCCCAUGUACUAUUUUCUCAAAAACCUGGCUUUAAUUGAAAUUUGCUUUACAUUAAACAUAGUACCCAAGAUGCUUGUGGAUUUGCUGUUGGAGAGAAAGGUCAUCUCCUUCUCUGCUUGUGCCCUGCAACUUUACUUUGUCAUAUUCUUUGUCACUUCUGAGUGUUUCCUGUUAGGUGCCAUGGCAUACGAUCGAUAUGUGGCUAUAUGCCAUCCCUUGCACUACACCACCACAAUGAACAGGAGAGUGUGUCUUCAUAUGGUCAUAGCAUGCUGGAUUGCUGGUAUUCCAUUUUCUGUAGGACUCACUGGCUGGCUGUUUAGCUACCCCUUUUGUGGCUCAAAGGAGAUUAAGCAUUUCUUUUGCGAUAUUGCUCCUGUUCUAGAUCUGGUCUGUUCAGACACGUACUUAUUUGAGCUUCUUGUGUUCAUCGCCACUGUUUUAAUUGUUUUGAUCCCAUUUGUCCUGAUAGCAGCGUCUUACAUCCAGAUAAUCCAUGCCAUCCUCCAAAUGCCAUCUUCUGAAGGAAGGCGCAAGGCUUUCUUCACCUGCAUUGCUCACCUGGUGGUGGUGACACUGUUCUACUGCACAACUGGCUUGAUACAUUUAAAGCCAAAGUCCAGACUCUUGGUAAAGAGCAGGAAACUGGUGGCUCUUUCUUACACAGUAGUAACUCCUAUGCUGAACCCAAUUAUCUACAGCUUACGGAACAAAGAGGUAAAGCAUGCUCUGAGGAAGACGUUUGGAAAGAGACAGUUCAGCAAGAUGGAUCUACCCAGAUAG